AUGUGGGCCGGGUAUAAGAUCUUAAUCUUCUCUUAUCUUACUACAGAAAUUUGGAUGGAGAAGCAAUAUUUAUCUCAAGGAGAAGUGGACCUAAGAGCUUAUUUCACUAGGAAUCACACUAUUUUGGAAGGUACCCGAUUCAAAAGAGCCAUUUUCCAAGGGCAAUACUGUAGAAGUUUGGGUUGUUGUGAAGACAGAGAUGAUGGCUGUGUCACUGAGUUCUAUGAGAUGAAUGCGUUGUGUUAUUGUGAUAAGUUCUGUGAAAGGGAACAUUCUGAUUGCUGCCCUGAUUACAAGUCCUUUUGCCGUGAAGAGAAAGAAUGGUCUCCCCAGACAGAGCCUUGGUAUCCGGAAGGUUGCUUCAGAGAUGGUCAACAUUAUGAAGAAGGAUCGGUAAUUAAAGAAAACUGCAACUCCUGCACAUGCUCAGGACAGCAAUGGAAAUGUUCCCAACAUGUGUGCCUUGUUCGUCCAGAAUUAAUCGAACACAUCAAUAAAGGAGACUACGGAUGGACAGCAGAGAACUACAGCCAAUUUUGGGGAAUGACUUUAGAAGACGGUUUCAAAUUUCGCCUGGGCACCUUGCCACCUAGCUCCAUGCUUCUGAGUAUGAAUGAAAUAACAGCUUCUUUACCUGCAACAACUGAUCUUCCAGAGUUUUUCGUUGCUUCUUAUAAGUGGCCUGGAUGGACUCACGGUCCAUUGGAUCAAAAAAAUUGUGCUGCAUCCUGGGCAUUUUCUACUGCAAGUGUGGCAGCUGACCGAAUAGCAAUUCAGUCCAAUGGUCGAUAUACAGCCAAUCUAUCCCCUCAGAAUUUGAUCUCUUGCUGUGCCAAGAACCGUCAUGGAUGCAACAGUGGAAGCAUCGAUAGGGCUUGGUGGUACCUGAGAAAACGUGGACUGGUAUCCCAUGCAUGCUAUCCACUUUUUAAGGACCAAAAUGUCACCAAUAAUGUCUGUGCCAUGGAAAGUAGGUCUGAUGGGCGGGGAAAACGGCAUGCCACAAAACCAUGUCCCAACAUCAUAGAGAAAUCUAACAGGAUCUACCAAUGUUCUCCUCCAUACAGAGUCUCUUCCAACGAAACUGAGAUAAUGAAAGAAAUCAUGCAAAAUGGACCAGUUCAAGCCAUAAUGCAAGUCCAUGAGGAUUUCUUCCAAUAUAAGGCAGGGAUAUAUAGACAUGUUACCAGCAUAAAUGAAGAAUCAGGAAAAUAUCAGAAGCUUCAGACACAUGCCGUCAAACUCACUGGGUGGGGCAAACUGAGAGGAGCACAAGGGAAGAAAGAAAAAUUUUGGAUUGCUGCCAAUUCCUGGGGAAAGUCAUGGGGAGAGAAUGGCUAUUUCAGGAUUCUUCGAGGAGUAAAUGAGUCUGACAUUGAAAAGCUGAUUAUUGCAGCUUGGGGCCAAUUGACAAGCUCAGAUGAGCCAUAA